AUGACGAUCCGCGGCGCCACGACCGUGUUCCGCGAUGGCGUGUUCGACGGGAGAGUGGCUGUAGUCACAGGAGGCGGCACGGGCAUUGGAAAAACCAUUGCGCAUGAACUGUGCCUCCUUGGGUGCUCCGUGGUGCUAGCGUCACGAACACUGGAGAUGUUGGUGGCGGCAGCGGACGAGAUCAAGGCGCAGUUGCCGACUAAACACUCGUCACGGUCGAACGUUGUCGUGCCCAUUGCUUGCGACGUCCGCGACGAAGGUCAAGUCAAACGGCUCUUCGAACGAGUCAUGAGCGUCUUCCACCGAGUCGACUACGUCGUGAACAAUGCCGGUGGCCAAUUUGUGUCUCCAUUUGAAAACUUGUCCCUGAAUGGAUGGAACGCGGUGCAUCGCCUAAACAGCACUGGCACAUUCCUCGUGACAAAGUACGCAUUUGAAGCGUAUUUGAAAGACCAUGGAGGCGCGAUCGUCAACGUCCUGGUCGCGAUGGACAAGGGAUUUCCGUACGCCAGCCACAGCGGCGCCUCUCGCGCAGCCGUCGAAAACUUGACCAAGUCCCUCGCGUACGAAUGGGCGAGCCGCGGCAUCCGCGUCAACGCGGUGACACCGGGCACGAUUGAAAGCUCGGGGCUCAAGAACUACGGUCCCGUCGCGCAACAAGUGUGCGAAUCGUACUCGGCGAACACACCAGCCCGUCGCCUGGGUACUGUCGAAGAAGUGUCGGCUGCCGUUGUGUUCCUCCUGUCGCCCGCAGCCGCCUACACGACCGGAACGAAUGCCCUCGUGGACGGUGGGUGGAACCUAGCAGGCGCCCUGGUCCCGCUCCCACAGCACAUCCGGUACCCCGUGUACGGGGCGAGUAAGUUGUAA